AUGGCUGAAUUAACUGAGCAACAAGUUCAUGAGGCCAACGUCGCCGCGGCGUUACGCGACUACGUUGUUCACCCACGUAUAGAAUAUCGCACUGUUACAUCCGUCAACGGUCCCCUUGUUAUUUGCGACAAUGUCAAGUUCCCACGUUAUUCAGAAAUCGUCCGCGUCACACUUGGUGAUGGCAGUGAGCGUCGUGGUAAAGUUAUCGAAGUCCAGGGCAACAAAGCUGUCGUCCAAAUCUUCGAAGGUACAACAGAUAUCGAUGUCAAGCGUACACGUCUUGAAUUCACAGGUGAAACACAGCACACACCAGUUUCCACCGAUAUGCUUGGCCGUGUUUUCAGUGGUUCCGGUCAGCCACUUGAUCACGGUCCACCAGUCCUUGCUGAUGCUUAUCUUGAUAUCGAAGGCCAACCAAUUAACCCAUACGAUCGUCAGUACCCACGAGAAAUGAUUCAGACAGGUCUUUCCUCCAUCGAUGUCAUGAACUCCAUCGCUCGUGGCCAGAAGAUUCCAAUUUUCUCCGCAAACGGUCUUCCACACGAUCAGAUCGCUGCCCAGAUCUGCCGUCAGUCCGGUCUUGUCCAACAUAAGGGCAAAGACGUCAAUGAUAACUCCAAGGAGUCUUUCGCUAUUGUUUUCGGUGCUAUGGGUGUUAACAAGGCUACCGCUUCCUUCUUCCAGCAAGACUUCGAACAGUCCGGCUCCAUGGAGCGUGUCGUUCUUUUCUUGAACCACGCUAACGAUCCAACAAUUGAGCGUCUCGUUACACCACGUAUUGCACUUACUACCGCCGAAUACCUCGCUUACGAGCAAGGCAUGCACGUUCUUGCCAUUCUUACAGAUAUGACUUCAUAUGCUAACGCUCUUCGUGAAGUUUCCACCGCCAGAUCCGAAGUUCCCGGUCGUCGUUCAUAUCCAGGUUACAUGUACACUGACUUUGCCUGCAUUUACGAGCGUGCAGGUCGUGUUAAAGGCAGACCAGGUUCCAUCACUCAGAUUCCUAUUCUUACAAUGCCUUCUGAUGAUAUCACUCACCCAAUUCCUGAUCUUACAGGUUAUAUCACUGAAGGACAGAUUUACGUCGAUCGUCAGCUUUACAACAAACAGAUUUACCCACCAAUCAACUUGCUUCCAUCCCUUUCCCGUCUUAUGAAGUCCGCUAUUGGUGAAGGUUUCACACGCAAGGACCACGGCUCAGUCUCCAACCAGAUGUACGCUUCUUACGCACAGGGUAAGGAUGUCCUCGCUAUGAAGGCUGUCGUCGGUGAAGAAUCUCUCACUGAUGAAGAUAAGAAGCACAUCGAGUUCCUCGAAAGAUUCGAAAACAGAUUCUUGAGACAAGGUCCUUACGAGGCUAGAAACGUCUUCGAAUCUCUCGACUUGGCUUGGGAAACACUCAGAACUCUUCCAAAGGAGUCACUCAAGCGUAUCGAUACAAAGACACUCCAGGAAUUCUACGCUCGUGACGGACAAGCUCGCCAGGAAUAA